AUGUCUCCUAUAUCUAUGGGAUAUGUAAUGCUAGACGAAAUAAAAUUUGAAGAAGCAUUGGGACUUGCUUGUAAUCUUCUUCAAGCCGAAAGCUUUUAUAAAGAUCAGCAAGAAGCUCUAAAACAAUUCUUUCAGGGAAUGAAUUUUUUUUUUAGUGCCCAUACAGGUUAUGGCAAAUCUUUAAUUUUUCAAGCCAUUCCAAUCAUUGCCGACUUUCUCAACGAACAAGUGAUUGGAACUAGCAUUGUACUGGUGAUCUUGCCGCUGAUAUCGCUUAUGCAAGAUCAGGUGAAAAAUUGCAAUGAACGUUUUGGCAUUAGUGCUGCGGCAACAUAUAGUAUGCAAGAUGAGGAAAUAUUACAAAAUAUUGAGAACGGUGUUUACUCAUUGGUGCAUACUUCUCCCGAAGCCUUGUUAGCUACAAAGAGAUGGAGGUCUCUUGCCACUUCAAGCAGCUUCAGAGACCAAUGUGUGGCGGUUGUUAUUGAUGAAGGACAUUGCUUAGUACAUUGGUAA